AUGAGCAUGGGCAACUUCAAGUUGCGGUCGCAGGACCGCGUCAUGACAGCAAACGCGUCUCGGCCGCCUCUGCUGAGCCCACUGCAAACAGGUCAGAAGGACGUUGCACCCAUUUACAAGUUCGUGCUCACCGGCGGUCCCUGUGCCGGCAAAACCACAUCCCUCGACCGCCUCUCGACGUUCUUUCGCGAUCGCGGCUUCCGCGUCUAUGUCGUCCCAGAAGCCUCAACGCUCUUGCAGACCGGCGGCGCCUUCUUUUUGGAUCUGAAACAGACGGAUAUCGUGAAUUUUCAGUGGCAGAUUCUGAGUCUGCAGAUGGCGCUCGAAGAUUCGUUCACUUCGCUCGCGAAAGACAGUGGCCGACCCUGUGUGAUCCUCUGUGAUCGAGGCGUAAUGGACGGCUCGGCUUACAUGACACUGGACCAGUGGGAAGAGCUCAAGCUCGCGCACGAGCUGGACACAGUCACACUGCGAGACACCCGCUACAUUGCUAUUUUCCACUUGGUGACCGCUGCUGACGGUGCGGAGAAGUUUUACUCGUUGGAGAACAAUGGCGUUCGGAUUGAGUCCAUGGAGCAGGCGAAAGCUGUCGACGCGCGUACCUGCCGAGCCUGGAUCGGCCACCCAAAGCUCUACGUGUUUGACAACUCAACGACGUUUGAGGGCAAGAUGCAGCGUCUUGUGAACACAGCAGCGGGACUCUGUGGCAUCCCCACGACCGCCAGGGCAUCCCGAAAGUACUUGCUUGCGAGUGCACCCACUGACAUUUCGUUCCACCAUGAAGAUUUUGAGGUGGAGAAGGUGUAUCUGAAGCCUGAAGCCACUGAAACAAGCAAGGACUAUUCGUUCGUCCGAUGUCGUUCUCAGUACGGCAUCCCAGCCUACGGCAUGACCACCGUUCGGUACCUCGAUACUGGCGAUGCAGUGCAUUUGAAGCGCAUUCUCAGUGCGCGCGAGUAUUCGUACGCGGUACGACACCGUCGUGACCCAACGCGUCAUGUGAUCAAGCAGCAGCGAAUGUGCUUUCUACAUAAGAACCAAUCGUUCCAGAUUCACGUGUACAAGGAGCCAGCAGAAGUCGCAGGACUUGCGUUGCUGCAUGUGCAGGCAUCCUGUGAAAACGGCCGAGACGUCGUCAUGCCAUCUUUCUUGAACAUCGAGAAGGAGAUGCCGAGCUCGGAUGAGACCGUGUCGGCCUACAAUGUGUCGAGAAAAGACCUCGUGGAUACGAUCAAGCGGACGGCGUACAGGCCCGUAGCACCUUCGCAAUAA